CUUUUCCUCCUCCUCCUCCUUCUUCUCCUCCUCCUGCUGCUGCUGCUGGCGGAUGUCCGGCAGCCGCCAUGGCGCUGGCAGAGGCGGGUGUUGGCGGGCGGCUGCUGCUCUGGCCCCGCAUCGUCCUUUUUGGAGACUCCAUCACUGAGUUUUCCUUCCAGGAGCAUGGCUGGGGAGCAUUCCUUGCUGAGAGACUUGUCAGAAAAUGCGAUGUUGUAAAUCGUGGACUCUCAGGGUACAAUACCAGGUGGGCUAAAGUGAUCCUUCCAAGACUGAUCAGCAAAAAUUCUGGUGCUGAGAGUACUGUUGCAGUCACAAUUUUCUUUGGAGCUAAUGACAGCGCUUUGAAAGAUCUGAACCCUAAGCAGCACGUUCCUUUGGAGGAAUACACAGCGAACUUGAAGAGCAUGGUGCAGUACCUGAAGUCCAUCGACAUCACUGAGGACAGGAUCAUUCUGAUAACGCCGCCCCCUCUUCAGGAGUCAGCUUGGGAGAAGGAGUGCCUUGCCAAAGGUGACAAACUGAAUCGCCGCAAUGCCACCACGGGGCAGUACGCCCAGGCCUGUGUGCAGGUAGCCAGGGACUGCGGGACUGACGUGCUCGACCUGUGGACACUGAUGCAAAAAAAUCAGGAUUUCUCUGCCUAUUUGUCUGACGGGCUUCACCUGUCAGCCAAAGGGAACAGCUUUCUGGCAGCCCAGAUUUGGAAACACCUGGAGAAUAAAGUGUCUGCGCUGCCCUUCUUGCUUCCCUACUGGCGGGAGGUGGACCACCUGCACCCUGAGGCCAGUCUGCUGUGAGGAUGUGGCGCAGGAGCGAGCUGAAGGAGCCCAACCUGCCCCACAGAGCAGUUCUGCUGAUGGACAGCCGGUACCUGCAGCGUGCUGCAAAUGUCAGGAUAAAGAUGAGCCCAGGGGGUGGUUUGGCUGCAUGCAUCCUGUGCUGAGGGCUUGGGAAGUUCUGGUGAUAAACUCUGUAAAAGAGCUGGAGGAAAACUGCUCUGAGCUGCCCUGUAACCGCAGGAAGGAAGGAGGCUGCCCUAAGGACUGCCUGCCCCAGCUCCAGGGCAAUCCACACUGGUCUGUCACACCUAGGUGCUGAUAUGUAGCAGCAGCAUAGAUUUUUUUUUUCUUUUGUCAAGAAUAAUUCCUGCGUUUGGCUGUAAUGAAGCAGUAAAAGCUGUUAUCUGUGCUUUGGCAAGGUCUUUGAUAGUGAUAGAUGGUAGCUUGGGGGGUGUGGGGGUGAGUUCAGGCUGGGCACCAGCAGCAGCUUCUUCACCCCUGCUUCUUAGUGUCGUUAAGAACUGAGGCAGCAGCCAGGACCUGCCACCUACGGUGCACCAGCGUUAUGAAUGGGCUUGCAGCUGGUUAUUCUUCAUGUCUCUGGAGGCAGCCCAGAAGCAAGUUGGCUCUAUUUGUAAAUGUUUAUGAAGAUUAAUCUGGCCUGGCUGCUGCGUAAGGAUUUCCUGCAAUAAAGGCUGGCUACGGAGUGGCAGGGCUCCCUGUGGAAGCUGUCGUCUCCCUUUAGCUGUACAGAACAAACCGAGUUCAGUUUCUGAAACCCUGAUCUGAUGAGAUCUUUCCAAAAGGACGGCACCAAAACAGCUCAUUUAAUUGACUUUUCUUUUUUAAUAUAAAAAGCUUUUAUUGUAUUGGGAAUUAAAUUAAUUAACUCCUCA